AUGUGCACGUUAGAGAAGCGCGGCAACAUUUUCUUCCUAACCCUUACCGACGACGAUGAGCACCGCUUAAACCCCAAACUCAUCGAUCAGAUCCGUUCGGCUCUCCACCAAGUCCACGCCGAAUCAACCCGCGGCACCGUACUGGUAACCAAAGAGGGCAGGUUCUUCUCCAACAGCUUCGAUCUGGCUUGGGCUCAGGCCGCUGGCAAAUGCUCCUCCCGCCAACGCCUCGGACACAUGGUCAAUCUCUUUCAACCGCUUAUCGCCGACCUGAUCUCUCUUCCGAUGCCAACCAUAGCCGCCGUGUUCGGCCACGCCGCCGCGGCAGGAUUCAUGCUGGCGCUGAGCCACGACUAUGUGUUGAUGAGGAGAGAUAAAGGAGUGCUCUACAUAAGCGAGCUCGAUAUUGGACUCCCCUUCCCUGAGUACUUCAUGGCGUUGAUGCAAUCGGCGAAACGUGGUGUUGAAAGCAGCGAAGGUGAAGGCAGACGAGGCGGUGAAGAUGGGGAUGAUCCAAACAAAGGGUUCGGUUCAAUGGAGCUUUGA